AUGUCUUAUUUGGAAACAAAAACUGGAGUUUUCUCUAUUGCAGCGGCUACCGUUGCUUCAGCCAUUGCUUUCUUAGCCUACAAAUACCCUGAUUGUGGUGCUUUUGAUACCCCUCACGAGUCUAUCCCAUAUCGAAAGGGUGUACCUAUUUUGGGAAACUUACCUAGAAUAGCCGCCAAUGUCGAUCGAUAUCACGAAUAUGUUGUUGAAGUUUACGAGGAGCUGAACUCUUUAACAUUUAGGUCUACGCAGAUUCUUAUUCCUAAUAUCAUCAACACGUGUGAUCCAAGAAAUAUUGAACACAUCUUAAAAACUAAUUUUGAAAAUUAUGAAAAGGGCGAACAUUUCAGUGCCAUGUUGCAUGAUUUGCUGGGUGAAGGCAUAUUUAAUUCAGACGGCGAAGCUUGGCGAGUUCAACGUAAAGUUGCUAGCCGUAUUUUUCAUGUCAAGAAUUUCCGUGAUCGGUUCACAAGUGUGUUCUUGGAUGAAAUCAAUAUUGCAUCGAAGCAUAUAUUUGACCAAGCUGCUGAUUCAAACACAGUGAUUGACUUUCAAGAUAUUAUGUACCGUUUCACAAUUGAUUCAUUUGCCCAGUUGUACUACUACAUUUUAAGAUUAGGAUUCAGUGUUCAAUUAAAUUCACUUUUGGGCAAAGCAGAUUUUGCCCAGUCUUUUGAUGCAAUUCAAAUGCACGCAUUCAGGCGUUUUCUUGUGCCCUUUGUUGAUACUAUUGAAGGGAUCAAACACUAUACAAAUUAUUGGGGAAAAACUAAAUCUAUCAAGCAACAUUUGGAGAAUAUUAACACGUUUGCAAACAACAUUAUUCAAGAGCGCAAAAACAAUACCCGGUCACAAGAGGACCCUAAUGCAGAUCUUUUGGAUCGUUUUUUACACAGUAAAAAAUUAAAUGGAUCAUCCUACAGCGAUCAAGAUUUGAGAGAUGCUAUUUUGAAUUUUAUGGUUGCUGGAAGAGAUACGACAGCAGUAAGCCUGUCUUGGACUUUUUACAAUGUUAUGAUGCAUCCCCGAGUGGAAGAAAAAAUUUUAAAAGAAGUGCGUCAAUACAUUACUGAUGAUAUUGAGUCUGAUCCUGUUGGCUUAUACGAGGUGUGUAAAUAUCGUUCUUUUAUGACAUUUGAAGAUGGGCAGGUGCUCAUUCUUGUUCAAUAUAGAUUUUAUGAAGUUUUGAGACUUUACCCAUCUGUGCCUGGUAAUCAAAAGGGUGCACUUGCUGAUGAUAUUUGGCCUGAUGGAACACAUGUCAAGAAAGGCGAUCAAGUAUCAUGGCAGUCUUUUGCUGAAGGAAGAAUGACUAGUAUUUGGGGUGAGGAUGCCAAAGAAUUUAAACCAGAAAGAUGGAUUGAUCCGGCUGAUGGAUCUCUUAUUCGAGUUUCACCGUUCAAGUGGUCAGCCUUUAAUGCAGGUCCAAGAGUAUGUUUAGGCCAAAACUUGGCUAUUUUGGAAGCUGUGAUAGCCAUUUCAAUUUUGAUAAAACGAUACAAGUUUACUCGUGCGCCUGGUCACCAAGUUGUUAUCUUAAAUUUGCUAACUAUAGCUAUGAAGGAUGGUAUGAAAAUUACUGUUGAAAAAAGAGACACGAUAUUAAAAUAA